AUGGCCAUGACCACAACAGAGACGAUCCAGAGUGUGGAUUCUGAAAUCGUGCACGCCGGAGAUGGCGUCGCCUUGGAUCCCGGCGAGAUCUCCUACACACCGACGACGGGAGUGCGCAACCUGUUCGAGACGCCCCUCGUGCGAGCCACGCCCGAGACCAUCAAGGGAUACGGCGAAAUCGUCGACUCUCCGCACGAACAUCACAUUGAGAUUGUGCGCUGGCCGGCGCAGGGCUGGCGACCGGUCGACGCAAACUCGGGCGAUCAAGGCGGCGUCACCGAGGGCGUGUUUGAAUUCUGGUGGAAAGGUGACACGUUGUACGCUCGAAACAACGCCGUCGGGUCGUCCUAUCUGUUCGCGUGGAGCCGGUUCCCAGAGGAGGCUGAGACGGGCGGCGCUCCACGCGUCCCGCGGGAACGAGCCAUGAUAUGGCGCGCAAAUUACCAUCCCGACGGGGGACAGUUGUUCUUCCCAAUCAAUGGCGAAAGCUUCGUCGUCCCUCUAGCACUUCCCGGUGACGACGUGACGCCGGAGAAAUUCAUCGCGUUUCGGUGUGAUGGUGGGAAAGGCCUGUACAUUCAUCCGAACGUCUGGCAUGGGGCCGUGGUGCCCGUCGACGACCACGCACGGCUACUCGACAGACAGGGCCGCGUGCAUGCUCGAAUAUCGGUCGAUUUCGCCAAGGAAUUUGGAGGAUAUUUGUCUGUGCCGUUACGACCUGUAGAUUAG